UUAGACAAACCAACAGCAGCUUCUUCUGACACAGACACACGCACACUCACCCCCGACACACACUCCGCACACUUUUCCUCCGUCUGAUUAACAGUCCGGCAGACACGAUGAUUGCGGGAAGGCGUCAAUAAAUACGGAGAGGGCCGGUUUUUUUGGCUACGGGAGGAGCUUUGCUGGGUCUCGGCGCAACUUUUGUUUUCACUACUGAGAAGGUGAUCUCUCCUUGCGUUUCUCUCGCACAAGGAUCCUUUAAAGGAGGAAGAAAGACCGAGAGGGGGGGUGGGGGGAGAGCAGGCUUUCACUUUCAGGCCGUCCGCGCUCAAAGAUAAAAGGAAGGGGGGAGAGCAGCGGGCUGGGAGUCCAGCGCGGCAGCACGUCGGAGAGCGUUUGGGUGCGUUUCUGAGCGCGGCGGCCCGUUUCUCCACCGAAGUUGGCUCCCGCUCUAGCAGCCGCAUUGGAUCCCACAGCUUACUGCGAGACUCCGGUGUACAAUCCGGAUCUCUGCCCCAACAUGAUCGCGGCCCAGGCCAAGCUGGUGUACCAUCUGAAUAAAUACUACAACGAGAAGUGCCAGGCCAGGAAGGCUGCCAUCGCCAAGACGAUCCGCGAAGUCUGCAAAGUCGUUUCCGACGUCCUGAAAGAAGUGGAGGUCCAGGAGCCCCGCUUCAUCAGCUCUCUCAACGAGAUGGACAAUCGCUACGAGGGCCUCGAGGUCAUCUCCCCCACCGAGUUUGAAGUGGUGCUUUACCUGAACCAGAUGGGGGUGUUCAACUUCGUGGACGACGGCUCGCUGCCCGGCUGCGCGGUGCUGAAGCUGAGCGACGGGCGCAAGAGGAGCAUGUCCCUCUGGGUGGAAUUCAUCACCGCCUCCGGCUACCUCUCGGCGCGCAAGAUCCGGUCCAGGUUCCAGACGCUGGUGGCCCAGGCGGUGGACAAAUGCAGCUACAGGGACGUGGUGAAAAUGGUGGCGGACACCAGCGAAGUGAAACUGCGAAUCCGAGAUAGGUACGUGGUGCAGAUCACCCCGGCCUUUAAGUGCACCGGCAUCUGGCCCAGGAGUGCUGCCCACUGGCCGCUUCCCCACAUCCCCUGGCCGGGACCCAACCGGGUGGCGGAGGUCAAAGCGGAAGGGUUCAAUCUCCUGUCCAAGGAGUGCCACUCCCUGGCCGGCAAACAGAGCUCGGCCGAGAGCGACGCCUGGGUGCUGCAGUUCGCGGAAGCGGAGAACAGACUGCAGAUGGGGGGCUGCAGGAAGAAAUGCCUCUCCAUCCUCAAAACCUUGCGGGAUCGGCACCUCGAACUGCCCGGCCAGCCCCUCAACAAUUACCACAUGAAGACUCUGGUUUCCUACGAGUGUGAAAAGCAUCCCCGGGAGUCGGACUGGGACGAGUCCUGCCUGGGUGAUCGGCUUAACGGGAUUUUGCUGCAACUUAUCUCCUGCCUGCAGUGCCGGCGGUGUCCUCACUACUUCCUCCCGAACUUAGAUCUGUUCCAAGGCAAACCUCAUUCGGCUCUGGAGAACGCUGCCAAACAAACGUGGCGACUGGCGAGAGAGAUCCUGACCAACCCGAAAAGUUUGGAGAAACUUUAGAGGACCGUUUCGUCAAGAGCCGAAAUGUGAUUGCUCUUCUCAAAGACCUACUUCGGUGUAAACUUCCUGGUCGAUUCCUAUCUAAUAUUCCACUUGUCAGUGCAAACAAUCUCUUCCUUAAAAAGGAAUAACAGUACAAUGUUUAGGCAUCAUCUCACCCACCCCUCCAAGGGGAGAAGAAGAAGUAGGGAAAGCGGAUAGAGAAAAACCCAAACCCACAAGUAUUAGAAGACUUCUUUUACAAAGGAUUUCUUAUCGCCCUCGAAAAGUACACAGUAACACCCGGAAAGCAACCCGGCUGUGAUGCAAGACCACAGAGAACACUCUGCCCAGCUAUCAAAGGAUUAUAGCAAUCCUGGUGAUUUAGGUGCAUCUGUCUGUGAGUAAACACCAUUUGGAUAUGCCAUCUGAAGGAAAGUGUAAUGUAUAUUUUGGUUUGUAACAAAUAUUGUGAUCUCACAUUGUCUUUGAACGUGUGGAUGUUGGUGUUUUGUGAUUUGGUGAACAGAAGUUAAAUUGCCGUUUUGGAUACUUCCAGACAUUUUCCGCUAACAAAGAUGCCAUUUAAAGGUAGAUUUCCUCCCGGUACUUUUAUCUGUCUUUGAAAGUGUCUGAACUUUAAAAAAGUUUACAUUUUGUUUCAAAUAUAAUGCUUGUUCUAUUUCUAACAUUCCAUAAAUAUACUUGAAAUGUUAUUUAAAUAUAUUCAAAGAAAUUUGAAUUCAGCUUAUAUAAUAACGCUUGAAUAUCUGAAUUAUAUAUUUGAAAAUGCACUUGAAAUACACUGGAUAACUACUUUUGUGACUUAGAUUUUAAUUUCUGUUGCUGGUUUUUAUUUAAUUAGAAGCUAAUAAA